UCGCUCCCUUGCUAUCCCGAUCUACAGGUAUACACUCCCCUGCCCAGGGCUGUAUUUAUCCUAAUUUCUUUCCCAGGACCCUGCACUCACUAUAUCCGGUCUCCCCGGACCCUGCAUUCACUAUAUCUGGUCUCCCCGGACCCUGCAUUCACUAUAUCUGGUCUCCCAGGACCCUGCAUUCACUAUAUCUGGUCUCCCCGGACCCUGCAUUCACUAUAUCUGGUCUCCCCGGACCCUGCAUUCACUAUAUCCGGUCUCCCUGGACCCUGCAUUUACUAUAUCCAGUCUCCCUGGACCCUGCAUUCACUAUAUGUGGUCUCCCCACUCCCUGCAGUCACUAUAUCCGGUCUCCCAGGACCCUGCAUUCACUAU